AUGGGUCUGUUGCACGACCUACUGACCCAGUUCAACCCGGUUCCCCACCCGACGUAUGAUUUCUCCGGGAAAACAAUCAUCGUUACUGGUGCUAAUACCGGGAUUGGAAAGGAAGCAGUAAAGCACUUCCUCCGCCUCAACGCCAGCAGAGUUGUUGGAACAGCAAGGACACUUUCAAAAUGCGAAGAAACUCUUGCAGCGGUUGAGUCCGCAACACCUGACAAAGGAAGAAUAGAAAUAUGGGAGCUCGAAUACGGGAGCUAUGCUUCAGUGCUCUCAUUCUGCUCAAGGGUCGCAAAACUGGAUCGUGUUGACAACAUCAUUCUCAAUGCAGGGGUUGCUACUAGGGAUUAUGAAGUUCUCGAACGGCAUGAAAGGCAUAUCACUGUCAAUGUCAUCAGCACUACACUUUUAGCGGCCCUACUGCUUCCAGUUCUUCAAAGGAGUGCGGAGAGGUUCAAGAUUAAUCCUAUGCUCACAAUUACAGGAUCAAAGAUCUAUGCAUGGUCAAAGUUCCCAGAGCGUGAGGCAUCGAAUAUGAUUGAAGCAUUAAACUCCUCGAGAGACAUGUCAGAAAGAUACCAGGUCACCAAACUGUUACAACUUUUUGCUGUGCUGGAAAUCGCCGAGCGGGUAUCCCAACGAUACCCGGCUAUCAUCGUCAAUACAGUUAGUCCUGGCUUUGUCCAGACAGACCUCAUGCGAGAUGCCAAAGGAUUUGAGAAGUUUACGCUCAUGGCCGUGCUAAAGGUUCUCGCCUGGACAUCGGAACAGGGUGGCAGGACUUUAGUUGAGUCUGCUGUUAGAGAGUCAGAUAGCCACGGUGUCAUGCUCAGCGAAGGAAGACUCAAAUUACCACACGUGGAGCCCUGGAUACUCGCAGAGAAAGGCUGCAAGAUUCAGAAACAACUUUGGGUUGAGCUUUCUGUUAUUAUUGAGGCUAUUCAACCAGGGGCCUUGACUACUUUGUGA